AUGGAUUACCUUUUGUGGGUCUUAUGUCCUUCUAGUAUAGAUGAAUGCCACAUGCUAGCUAACAAUAUGGUGGAGGUAUCACAUUCUUGGGCCAGGAACAACAACGGACACCCAAGUUAUGCAUACCAUACUAGUACUGUAAAUCACAGGAGGAAAUCGCGAAUGCCCACAUUGAGGAUACGGAGAAACUUCAUGUUUCAACAAACAGUGCCUAUUCCCUUAUUACAGCAUUACGCAAACACUGGUCUGGUUCUAGCUUCAAUGAUGAUUUUCCAUCCAGUUGUUACAUUAGGCGACUUAGUUCUCCUAUUUCCUUACUUGAGAAAUACCUGCGUGCCAUUCCUUUUACAUAUUUUACUGAUUUGCUUUGCAUUUUCUGUUUGCAUGUGGUAG